CACAAGCGCACGAACCACCGCGACUGCCCCCUGCGCCUCGCGGCUCCCGACGCGCGCGCGACGGCGCUCGAGCCGCGGCCCGUCCCGCCCCCGCGGCCGCCCGCCGCCGCGCCGCGCCGCAUGCCGCCGGGCGCGGACCCCUUCGACGCGGACACGGACGACGAGGCCUACGCGCGCGAGUGCCCCGCGGCGCCGCGGCCGUUCUGCCCGCCCGCGCCGGCGCCGGAGCCGCGCGCGGCGCCGCGGAAGCGCGCCGAGCGCGGGGCCGCCGCGCCGCCGCGCGUCGUCGUCGUCGGCGCGGGCCUCGCGGGCCUCGGCUGCGCGCGCGAGCUCGAGCGCCUCGGCUGCGACGUCGUCGUCGUCGAGGCGCGGGGCCGCGUCGGCGGCCGGUGCAGCGCGGCGGACCUCGGCGGCGGCGUCCGCGUGGACUUGGGCGCGUCGUGGAUCCACGGCGUGCGCAAGAACCCCGUCUACGACGCGGCCUGCGACCUGGCCCUCCACGGCGUCGACACGGGCGACGACGUCGUCCUCCGCGACGGCGGCACGGGCGCGGUGCUCACGGGCGCGGCCGGCGACGACGCGGCCUUCGCGCGCUUCAACGGCGCGCUCGCCGCCGCGCGGGCCCGCGGCGACGCCGCGGCCCUCACCGAGGCGCGCGCCGAGGUCGGCGAAAACGCGGCCGCCGCGGCCGCGCCGCGCCACGGCCGCGACCUGAGCCUCGGCCGCUGCUUCCGCGAGGCGCUCGGCGCCGGCGGCGGCGACGCGGGCUUCGUCGACUGGCACGUGUCGAAUCUGGAGUACGCGAACGCGUGCCCGCUCGACGCGCUGUCGCUGCGCCACUGGGACCAGGACGACACCUACGCCUACGCGGGGAGCCACUGCGUGCUCCGGGAGACGUUCCAGGGCCUCUGCGAGGGCCUCGCGGCGUCGCUGAAGGACGUACGUCUGAACGCGGCGGCGGCGCGCGUCGAGGUCGGCGUCGCGCGGCCGGCGAGCCCGCGCGCCGCGGCGCGCGGGGGCGCCGACGCGCCCGGCGCGCUCCGCUGCGGCAAGGGCUGCGGCCGCGUCUUCGUCCACGGGUCGGGCCGCGCGUCCCACGAGCGCACCUGCGCCGGGGGCGCCAAACGGGGCGGCGACGACAAGCCCGGCUGCCGCGUGUCGCUCGCGUCGGGCGCGCGGCUCGACGCGGACGCGAUCGUCGUCACGGCGCCCCUGGGCGUGCUCAAGGCCGGGGCCAUCGCCUUCUCGCCGCCCCUGCCGGCCUGGAAGCGGGCGGCCAUCGACCGCGUCGGCUUCGGGCUGCUCAACAAGGUCGCGCUCCGCUUCGACCGCUGCUUCUGGCGCGAGCCCCGGUACUGGGGCGGCGAAAUCGUCAAGGCGCGGAACCUGGGGCGCGUCGCGGGCGACGGCGGCCACCUCUUCCUCUGGGUCGACAUGGAGCCCGCCGUCGACGCGCCCGUGCUCGUCGCGCUCUGCCCCGCCGAUGCCGCGGAGCGCCUCGAGACCCGGCUCGACGCGUCGGGCGCCGACGCCUGCCGGCCGGCGCCGCCGGCGCUCGUCGCCGAGUGUUUGGCCGCCCUCGCGAAGUUGUUGGGCGCGUCCGACGCCGACCGCGCGACGUGGCGCGUCGAGCGGUCCGCGGCGUCCGCGUGGGCCGACGACGCGUUCGCGCGCGGCUCCUACUCCUACCUCGGCGUCGGGUCGACGCCCGCGGACGUCGAGUGCCUCGCCGCGCCCCUGGGCGACGGCGCGCUGCGCUUCGCGGGCGAGGCGACGUCGCGCGAGCACCUCGCGACGGCCGCGGGCGCGCGAGCACCCGCGUGCGAAUCAAAUCUGCAACCCGUCUUCAAGCUCGCGUCCGGCGUCGCCGAGGCGCGGCGCCUCGCGCGCGAGCGGGGCCUCCUGCCCCUGCGCGACGAGGACCCGGACGCGAGCGAGGGCCUCGCCGCGACGGCGGCGACGCGGCGGCGGCGCGCGAGGGACCACGCGGACCGCGUCGCGCGGCGCGCGUUCCCGGAACAGACCGCGGGCGCGGCGUGCGCGCUCUGCCGCAAAACGUCCGCCGAGGACGCGAGUUGCCCGGGCUACGUCGCCGGCGAGCUGCUCGCCUUCGAGCGGCGCGGCGGCGGCGGGCCCUUCUGGAUCCACGACGGCUGCGCCGCCGCGUCCGCGGAGGUCCGCGUCGUCGACGACGUCUGGUUCGACGUCGAGGCCGCGGCGCGGCGCGGCCGCCUAUUGAAGUGCGCGGCCUGCGGCAAGCCCGGCGCCACGCUGGGCUGCAUCGAGGCGACGUGCCGCAAGUCGUUCCACCCGCGCUGCGCGUGCGACCGCGAGCGGUGGGACGUGGCGCGCCACGCGCCCGCGGGCUUCUACGACGCGGCCGACGCCGCGCGGCGCGACGACGACCUCAGCGACGGCGCCGACUCGAGCGACGACGACUUCGAGGGCUCGCCCUUCGAGGCCUUCGCGUGCCUCGACCACCGGCCGCGGCUCCCGCCGCCGCCGCCGGCCUGCCGCGUCGCGCACUGCACGCGCCGCUGGCCCGGCUUCCGCCCGCGGCCCAAGCCCCGGCCCCUCGGCGCGCCAAGGCGACCGGAGGGUUUCGUCGACGACGACGGCGCGCCGAAACCGCCGCCGCCGCCGCCGCGGGGCGACGCGCCGCGCGGCAAGCCGCGCCACGCGCUCCUCGCGGUCUCGUAAGGGGGGAUCUCGCGGUU